AUGCUUCGUAACUGCGAUGAGGAUUCUGGAAGAAGUUCAUGCUCAGCAGCUUCCAUCACAGUUAGCCCUGUCAUGGAUUAUGAUUUUAAAGCCCAACAUGCAUAUGAAGAUGACAACCAGCUACAAUCAGACACUAACUUGGUUGUUAGUACCAAACCUAGAAACUAUAUAAGUCUCAUUAAAUCUCCAGAUGACAAAGAUCCUUUUCCAAGUUGUAGGCUGCCAAGCCGCCAGAGAAAGGUUAUUACAAAUUUUUUUGACACACCAAGAAUGGGUGGCCUUAGCAAUGCCCAUUCUUCAUUAAAUAUAGCUAGCAGUACUCAAAUUGAAAACUCCAGUAUGCAGUGUAAUGCUGUCUCCAUGAAUGGCCUAAAUAAAGACAAAUAUACUAAAACUAAACAAGCACUCAAUCAUUUUAAAAGAACAAAACCUGUUCAAAGAGCAGCAUCUAGAUUAUAUAAGGCAGAUAUACAGAAGGGUAAGGAGGGAUGUGUAGGUCCUGAGUUUAUAGUUAGGGCCUCACAACCCGCUAAAAAUAUUGAUUUAACUAUAUCAGCCCUGUGUGGCAAAAGAGUUAUUACUGUUGUACUCCUUAAUGGUCAAAAAGUUGAAGUAUUAUGUGAUCCAAAUACAAUAACAGCAGGACAAAUAUUUGAUGCUCUUGUUCAAAGUGAGAAGUAUGAACAUCAUUUUAUGCUUGGUAUCGCUAUCCUUAUUGGUGGAGAUUUUGUAUUUUUACCAGAUGACUACAAAAUUAAGAAGAUAGCUCCAGAAACCUGGCACAAAUUACACCAUAAAAAACAGAAAUUACAUGAAGAAUGUAUAUCAAUAACUAUUUUUCUAAGAAUAAAGUUUUUUUUGCCUAAAAAUAUUGCGAGUAAUAUUCAAGGGGGUGAAUGGAGGUACAGGGUGUAUUUACAACUACGAAGAGCAACUGUUGAAGGACAAAUGAUUUCAACCAUACAGAAUCUCAUUUUGUUGGCUGGGUAUGCUUUACACAUUGAAUUUGGUGAAUUUUCUUAUAGAGAACAUGGAGCUGCUGAUUACUUUCUUUUAGAACAUUAUUUGCCUGAAUCUCUAAUUACUAACGAAAUGGCUGAUGUUAAAUUACAAAUGAAGAAAGCUCAUGAAUCAAGAAGAGGUUUAGAAAGAAAUAGAGCUGUGAUCAAUUAUAUCACUUUGGCACAAACAUUCCGUGACUAUGGUGCACAUUUUUAUUCUGCUGUAUGGGCUACGAGAGAUGGCUUUUGCAGAGAUGUAUGGUUAUCCAUUGGACCACGGGGGAUAACAUUAUAUUCUAGAACAAAUCAAAUAAUUGAGUCUCCAUCAACAAAUACAAAUCGAAUUGUCCUACAAAGUUUGCCUUGGCAUCAUAUACACAAUUUUUACCAUAACAAAAAAAGCCUUUAUAUAAUACCUAAUGCAUAUUCGGGGCUAUCAAAGAUUGGUAUAAAAUAUAAGUUGAAAAUGAGUGAAAAUAAAAGUUUCUUCAUAUUCUGGUUGGCAUCAUUACAUCAUAGAUUAUAUCUUAAGCUAUAUGCAAAAGAAGACUUUAUUAAUUAUUUAACUGGUGAAUCAAACUGCCAAUACACUCCAGAUAAAAUAGAUGUAAGUAAUUAUCAAGACAGUUACAAUUUAGCAGUAAGGAAUCCAGUUAGAUUAAGAAGGCCAAUUCGAAGAAGGUUUAAAGUUGACAUAUUUGGUGAAAAAAAAAUUCAAGGUAAAGAAAAUCAAAAGCCUGACACUGAAGAGCUUUUAAGGAGAAUAUUAUCACCCCAACACAGUGAUGAUAGCCUGAUACAAAGUCCCAAUGGUCCUGAAAGCUCCUCAAAUGACGGACUUUCAUCUUCUGAAAGCAGUUUACCUAGAAGACAUGGAGUUAAGAUGGGAACAAGGGUAUUCAAUGGGAUGAAAUCAUCAAACAGUGUUUUCAGAACUCCCCAUUAUGAUAACUUUAUCAAAUCUGAAGGGGAUCUUGCCACUACACAAAGUGAUUCAGAUGACUUAAGUUCAGAUCAAAAACAACAGUGUAAUGUCAACAGUAUGAAAUUGUUACCAGAAAGACCUUACAGUCAAAAUAUGUCUCAAGCCCCAACAGCAUAUGUCUUAGAAUCCCCAAAAGUGUAUCCUGAUGCUUUUAACUACAAUGAUCCUAAUGAAUCAUGCAUUAACAGUUCAAUAUUUGAAAAGUUAGAUAACAUGGAAUGUGUUCAAAGUGAAAGGAUCUUCGUUACAGCAGUUUUAAAAAGAGAUCAAACUAAUGCUUUGGGUCUCCAAGUAGCUGAAGGUUCUGAUGGGAAUGUUUACAUAAAAUCAAUCACUCCAGAUAGUGCAGCAGAUUCUUGUAAGAAACUUCUACCAGGAGACCAAAUUAUAUCAGUAAAUGGACAGACACUGCUUAAUUUAAAAUAUGAUAAGGCUUUAGCAAUGUUACAAUCAGCUCCUAGAAAUGUUGAACUUAUAGUUCUACAAAAUGUGAACAAAAACAUUACCACUGAGUAUCAAUCUGCUAAUGAAGGCAAAGCUAAAGAAAUAAGCCUAAAAAAAAGUAUAGCUUCAAUGGAUGCCGAUUUAUCUGAUGAUGAACUAUUGAAUGAAGAGGCAUUAAAGACUAUAUAUGCUCUUAUAAAAUUGACAAAAGAAAAAGUUGUAAAUAGAAUAAAAGAUAAUUCAAGUAUAGAAGUUACACCGCGGAAAAGCAAUCUUCAGAAAUGUUACUCAGAAAUCAGACUAAAUGACGAUUCCGAUUUGGGAGAUCUUUCAUCACAGGGUAAUACACCAGAGAAAAAGAAUGAAAAGAAGUUUAAUACUUGGAGAGGUAAUGUGCUUGAAAAAUAUAAACGGAGACCCCUUAGUUUGAGCAUUCCAACUGAUGUUAAUUUGCCAGAUGAUUAUUUAGACAAAAGUUGUGAAGAUUCAUUUAAUAAGUCCUCAUUGAAAUGUAUACAAUCUUGUCUGAUUGAAAAGGAUAAAGAAGAAAAAAGUGAUUUAGCAAAAAGCAUUGCUUUACCACGUAAUUUUGGCUUCAGUAGGCGAUGGUUGGGUCCCGUAAGAUAUCCUGUGACUCCAUGUAAAAAUAGCAAUAUGAGUGCAAUUCCUAGUGAUGAUGUUGUUCGUAGGCAUUUUAUAUAUGGGGCCGGAGAUUCAGAUGAAGAUCAAAUUUUUUUAUAA